AGUGGGCUUGUUUGAAGUCAUUGUCAUGCUAGGCAACACAGAGGCUUACCCCCAGCUUUGGGCCUAAUUAGUUCACUUAGGGCCCUUUUAUAAAAAGGGACACGAGUGAGGAGACGCUAAGAGGAGGACCUGGACCUGUAAAUGACAGGCAAAGCAAAGAAAGCUGAAGACUUGUCUGAGAAUGCCACACUUAUCUGACUGCGGCUACUUCACCAUGCGGGAUGCCACAAGAGCUUCCAAUGUUCAGAACCAACUGGAGACCUCCAAGUUCCACCUCCACCAGAGCCAGAACCAGCAGGUCAAGCAGUACCUGACGCUGGGCUCCAAGCUGGCCUCCUCGGCGGUCCCGCCCCCGCCGCCGCACCCCCACGCCCCCAUGAUGAGGAACGGACACAUGGCGUCCGUCAACGAACCCGGCAGCGACCCCGACAGCCCCGUCACCCUGAUGACCAUGGGCGGCCAUGACAGCGAGUUCCCGAUGGACGACGUCAUCGACGGCCUCAUCAGUCUUGAGUCGGGCUUCAAAGAUGGAGGCCUGGAUUGCAUGGAGUCCAACAUGAUGAUGCAAAACAAUGUGUCCCUCAGUGACAGCAUGCUGGACGUGUAUGGGGGUGAACAAGGUAUGAACCCCCCUAAUGCUGGACUGAGUCCCACAUCUAACCCCACAAAGCUCACAGUAAAAAGGGAAUGCACAGAACUGGACACUCGGGUCAUGGCCAAGGAGAGACAGAAAAAGGACAACCACAACUUGAUUGAAAGGAGGCGGAGAUACAACAUCAACUACAGGAUUAAGGAGCUGGGAACGCUCAUACCCAAGUCAAACGACCCCGACAUGCGCUGGAACAAAGGCACCAUCCUGAAGGCCUCGGUGGAGUACAUCAGGUGGCUGCAGAAGGAGCAGCAGCACGCCCGCGAGGUGGAGGGGAGGCAGAAGAAGCUGGAGCAGGCCAACAGGAGGCUGAUGCUCAGGAUUCAGGAACUUGAGAUGCAGGCUCGAGCGCACGGCCUCCCCAACAUGGCCACCUCUUUGGGGACAACAGAGCUGUCCUCGCAUCUCCUCAAGCAGCAGCAGUCGUCCCCGCGGCCCCAGCAACCCCCUCUUUACCAGGAAGACCCAAACAAUGAUUACCUCCAAAGGUUAGCCGCGGUGGCCGGCGUCCCGUCCCUCCAGGGCGGCCUCGCCUCCGGGCCUCAGGACCACACAGCGGGCGCCGACGGCUGCACCACCUUCUCCGACCCGCUGUCCCACUUCACGGAAAUCUUCAGCGCCACGCUGAAGGGCGAGCACCGGCUGGACGAGCUACUCAUGGACGACCCGCUAUCGCCGUUUGGCGGCGACCCGCUGCUGUCGUCCGGCUCGCCCGGGGCGGCGUCCAAGGACAGCAGCCGCCGGAGCAGCUUCAGCUCGGGGGAGGGCGACGAUCUAUAAUGCAGGCAGGGGGUGAAAGGUUAAACUGGGCAUCAGACUGACACAGCUCGCCUUGUAUAUACUGUACAGUUCUUACUGAUCCACAAUCAGCUCAUGGACCUCCCAUAAAGAGACUGACUUGAAAAAGGGAGACAUUUACUGACCUUGGGUAACACUGUAGUCGCUGUACACUGAAAACUACUUUCUAUUUUUGCAUUGUUCCUUUUGCAAAACGCCUUAUUCUUCCACCGCAGUGCCUAACAUGCUGUGUUUUUAUAUUUAUACCUUCUUGUAAUCAGAUAAAUAUAUAUAUUAUUAUCCAACAUGUUACUUUUCUAUGUCUAGUAGGGGUGGG